AUGCCUAGAUCAUGCACGUCUAAGAGGGACCCCAAUUUGUGUCUCUUCGCUGAGUAUUUGGUUGAAGAUGUUGCCACUCCACUCUUUAUACUUGAAGCAGCUUUUGAUUCAUACCAGAUUAAAACCAACUUCAUAUUAACUGUUCCUGGUCUGGAUCGAAUGCAAUGGGAAAAUUGUUCAAAAAGCCUGGAACAGUGCAAUGCUACAGAAAUAGGAAUCAUAAAGGAUUUUGGACCUAUUUUCAAGAAGACAUUAAUGAAGCUCGGUAACUCUUCGAGCAGAGGGGUAUUUUUGGAUUCGUGCUAUCUUCAUCUGCAAUUCUAUUCAACAUAUAAUUGGAUAUCCGCACCAGUACUUCACAACAAAACCAUACAAAAAGCUAUUGGUGAUUGGUUCUACGAUCGAAGUACAUUUCAAGAGAUAGAUAAUCCUUUAUAUCCACAAAAUUGUUAUGGACCAGAUGCUCCAUACGACGAAACAAUACAUCCAUGUAGCUUUACACUUACUCAUUAUGUUCGCAGUGAUUGUUUCUUCAACGUAAUGGCUAUCGAUGUUGGAAAUAGUUGUAACUUGACCCCCAAAGAAGCACAAAGUAUGGCAAGUGGAAUUUGGAGAUCUGUCUAUGGAGCAUAA